CCUUAACGUUCUUUCUUUAUUAUUUUUAAUGAAGAUAACAAAAUCGCAAGUAAAGACGAACGGCUCAACACCCUGUAGUUCUGGUGCUGUUUUAACUACCAAAACUAUUGUAAAACGCGUCAAAAACUGGAUUCAACCUACUUUAUCCUUCAAAAAUUCUGUUCUCCCAAAAAUUAAAACAGAACCGGAAGAACCCUCAAUUGAAAUAGCUUUACAAGGAGUGAAUCCGGAAGAGACUGUUGCACAAAAUGUCUCUACAAGAAUAAACCCCAAUAUUGAAGACGUUGAAAUGGCGACAGAUGAACAAGAAACUUACUCUGUUCAAAUAAAACAGGAAGAUAUUAUAAUGUCAAGUCAAGAAGAAUCUAUAGCAAGCAGUCCAAUUGAUGUUUCUGAAUUUUUACCCGAUCCCGAAGAUCCGAAUUUUUACUGCAGAGUGUGUGAUAAACAACAUAGCGUAAAGCGCACAUUUCGUGAGCAUUGUAUCAAACACCAUAAAAUGAAUCUUCCGCCAAAUCCCAAAGUCCUCCAGCUAUCUCUCCUUGCCAAGUUUCCCAACAUUUUACCUGACCCGGAGGACCCAGAUUAUAACUGUUGUGUGUGCCAAAAAAAUUAUUCUGACAAGUACAACUACCGCAGACAUCUUCGAACUUGUCAUAAAAUGGAUCUUAAACCUUUGAACCCGUUCAAUGUCAAACACCCUCAUAUAACUCCGGACGAAAAUGAUCCAAAUUGCUAUUGCGCAGCUUGUGAAAAAACCUUUUGUGAUAAAUGGGGUUAUAGGUCUCAUCUUGAAGCAAUACACAACUUGGCUCUCAAAGGCGGUCAGAGAACUAAUAAGAGAGAUGGAAUAUUACCUGAUGAAGACGAUCCUAAUGGUUACUGCCGUCAAUGCAACAAAACUCUUGAAAGCUUAAGGAGUUAUCGAAACCAUUUGAGAAAGAUUCAUGGCAUGAUUUUGAAACCAAGAGGAAGGGCUUUGCUCGUUAUAAAUGCACAUGUAAAACCGGAUGAAAAUGAUCCCAAUAAUUAUUGUAUUGUAUGUAAGAGGCAAUAUCGCGAGAAAAGGGGAUACCGAGCCCACUUGGCAACAAUGCAUAAUAUGGAACUUCAAAACCUAAAACCCCGAAAGGCUUUGGUGAUUACAGAAGACUCAACUGUAAAACCUGAUCCGGAUGAUCCAAACUUCUACUGCUGUCUUUGUGAGAAGAAUUAUGAAUCUCGCCCCAAGUAUCGUACUCACCUAUCCAAGUGUCAUAAAAUGGUUCUUCAACCCCUUAAUCCGUCGCAACAAAAAAACAAUACUUUACCAAACAGAGACGAUCCAAAUUUCUACUGCAUUGCUUGUGAAAAAUAUUACGCUAGCAGGGCCUUGUAUAGAAAGCAUGUUGGCAGGGUUCACAAAAUACGUCAACACUCUCCAGCACAACAAGAGACACAGGCCCCGGGCCCUUCUUGUCGCAGAGACAUCAGCCAAAAUUCGCCUCAAGAUGAACAUGCCUGUCAAGGAAAUAAACCAAGGGUUUUAUACCAUACUGUUAAAGUAGAGGAUCUAACAAAUGUCAAACCAGAUGAAGAUGACCCAAAUUUUUAUUGCUGCCUUUGUCAAAAAAAUUCACCGGAUAAGAGAACUUUCAACAGUCAUUUAAAAGUCGUACAUAAUAUGACAAUUUACAACAAUACGUAUUUACCCCCACCCAUGACAGAACCUCUACCAGAUAUACACCAUCCAGACUUUUAUUGCAGUUUAUGCAAAAGAAACUUGUCUUCUCUCGACAAUUUCCACCGUCACUUGCGAACAAAUCACAAAAUGAAAUUUACAAUCCCCAGAAAGACUCACGAUGUCAUUCCGCACCCAGAAUUAAAGCCUGACGAAUUUGAUCCUAAUUUGGAAUGUAUAGCUUGCGAAAAGAAAUUUUCUUGUAGCACAGGGUUCCGCAGUCAUCUUAGGAAAAUUCAUAAGAUGACCUUAUCUGCUCCUCGUAACCGCAGGCGUAUUCGUCAUCCUUACAAAAUGCCAGAUCCCCAUGAUCCCAAUCAUCAUUGUAGCGCUUGCGAAAGGGAUUAUUCUACCAACGCUGGAUACCGUUCUCAUCUUCGAAAAGUACAUAAAAUGAAACUAUGAAACUUUUUUUGUUUAUAUGGAGACGUUGUCUCGAGUUUAUUAAAGAGGUAGUCACAAUCUUGUUUUUGGGUUUUUUUUUUUUGU